CCUCGAAGAGCUCACACUCUCAUAACCGUUAGCUGAGCCUUACUGGGAUUAUCCGACGGCCGGGAAGGAAAAACCUGUGAAAAGUCGGAGGAAGAUCGACGAGCCAACGUGUCCGGUGUUCGAUACGGCCGAUACAACAUGAUACUCAGAAUUCUGUUUGGUAUCUUCCUCGGGCGAAGUUUCGCUGCACCGAUCGCGAAUGUUUGGCUGAGCCCUUUGGGACCUCUAACACCAUUACGCCAGUUUCACAUACAAGAUGGAUCCGGAGGAUACCAUUACUCGUUCACUGGGCCUCAUCAAGCUAAAUCAGAAUCCAGUUUGAAUGGGAUCACACGAGGUGGUUACUCGUACAUCGACGCGAAUGGAAUACUGCAAACAGUGACUUACACGGCGGAUGACCAGAAUGGGUUCAGAGUGAGCGCGAGCAAUCUUCCGCAACCACCGAAAAAUGAUCUUCAAGCGAUUCAGGACACACCGGAAGUGGCGGCAGCGAAAAAGAAUCACUUGGAAGAAUUGCAGAAGUCGCAGUUGAGGGAACAGUCCAACAACUAUCAAUCGAACAUUCUGUCUUACAACAUUUUACCACCAUAUUUCAGUUUCUCUCAUUUGGGUAAAGGCGACGAGAAAAAUCUGGCUGUUCGAGAAAUCGCACAAACCACGAAGAGCCCGUUCCUCCUCUCACGUUCCGAGGCAGACAAAAUUGAAGUGCCGAAACCGGACCCGAGUCUCGCGAAACUCUCGACACUGUCUCCGCCGUUGGUUCCCGGUAACCAAAGGAAACCCGAAGAGCUGCACGGGAAUUCCUUGCAAAUAGGGAAAUUGGUGUCCCUGAACGGGAUCCAAAAGCCUGCGCCGUUGCCAGCGUCCUUCGUGCUUCCGGUUCUGCCUUACCGACUGCUGCACAGCGCUCUCCAUCAUACCCAGGACUCGCUGGGCCAAUACGAUUAUACUUACGCCGGCGAUUCCAGCGCGAAAACCGAAUCAAGGUCCCUGGACGGCACGACGAGGGGUGCUUACAGUUACAUCGAUCCCAACGGCGUCCUACAACAAGUCCAUUACGUGGCCGACCACAACGGGUUCAGGGUAGUUGCGACCAAUCUGCCGGAAGCCAAGUAACGGAAGUUCCUUUGUGCCUUGGAGGAUCAGUCGCUCAGGGAUCGGGGACCGUUUUUUUUUCCAGCGCUUCCACGCUCUCCUCGGUGAAGACCGUUUUUGUUCGGGACGUAUUAAUUAUCCGGCUUCUGUUCUGUUAGCGGAAGACUCGUUCCACGUGGGUUUUGUCGGAGGAAUUGGUAAUUCGCGCUUUGAUGAAAGUUGUCCGUUGGAAAAUGGAUUGGUUUAGGAGAUUGCUGGGAUUGUGCUUUCUUUUUAGGGAAUUUCAUCUUGAGGAAAGUCUUCGAAGGUUUCUUUGUAGAGACGUUUUUGGGGAAUUGGUUGGUUCCUUUGAUAAAUUGAUUACUUGUUCGAUGCUCGGUAUUUUAUAUAUAUAUGUAUUAAGUCUAUUAUUUAUUUUUAAUUCUUAUUUUAGAAUUGGUACACGUAAGAUUAUAAUAAAUUUCUUCUUUUAUCUUCUUUUAUUUCAUAAACAGUAUAUUACAAGUGAUCAAAGAUUUCUUAGCAAUACCAUAACCUCGCAUACUCAGAAACCACAGGUUCAAAUAUCAAUCGAGACUUAAAAAGCUACUACUAUAUUUUCAUGGAAACAUAAUGCAAAUAUUCCCUAAGGACCAAAACAAUGUUAAGAAGAAAUAAUUAUGAAUAACCAGACAUUCUAUUUCCAACGAAAACUGAUUCAAAGAUUCCACGUUGAAGGGAUGGCCAUUUGAUACCAGAGCCUCUUCAAAGAUAAUUUCCGAAUAAGAUUAAUUUUUCCUCGCAAAAACACAUCCCGAGGGAACCGGGGGAAAGCCAGGAGAUUGCCUUUUAAAGAAAACAGCUUCGGUUCGGUUCGGAACGUAAUUCUGGCGGAAGUUCCCCCGAUCGAACUCCUCUCUUUGCGACUUUUCAAACGAACGUACGCGAUCAAGGGGGCCCGGGUCAAUCUUCGUUGCACGCGCGGUCGAUCGCAAAUUCUCCCGAACACCUUUCUCGCCACAGGAUGCUCGGUUGGUGCGGGGUAAUCAAACUUUCUGAAUGCUUUUCGAGUUCGU